CACCAUGAGAGUGUCUCCUGUUUGGAUGAAUGGAUGGAUAGAUUUCUGUCAGAAGUGGUGCAUUCUGGGAGUUGGAGCUCAAGCUCAUUAUGAGAGUCACAGGAGUCUGGUGAAGUCCAGGAGGAGACAGUGUUCAUCAGCAGAAGAACAGCGCACAGGGAAACGUUUGACGCUUUGACUCUUUGAUCUAUGAUGUGGCCCUACGGCAUCCGUCGGGUCAUGCUGCUAAUGACCGCCGCAUCCUGCGUGCUGAUUGGUUGUGGAAACUGUCAGCCAAACUCAUCCAACGCUCUUCCGCUCUCUGAAGAGCCACUCUCUGAAGCUCUUGCGCUCCCCUUGGAGACGGCAGGGUCAGCUGCCGUGACCUCUGACCCCAGAGCUGUCUAUCAAGUUGCCCGUCUUUCUAGCAACAGGUCAGUGGUUGCGCGACGGCCAUCUUUGCCCCCGGCGUGUCUGACGCGGACUUACAUUGAGUGUUUGUUUAAAUACGUGAACACGGCGCUGUCCUGCAUCAUCUUCGUGGUGGGGAUGGUGGGAAACGCAACACUGUUGAGAAUCAUUUACCUGAACAAGAGCAUGAGGAACGGGCCCAACGCUCUGAUUGCCAGCCUGGCACUGGGAGAUCUCGUAUACAUCGCCAUCGAUAAACCCAUCAACGUGUAUAAGCUGCUGGCGAUGCGAUGGCCCUUUGAUGACAGCGUGUUUGGUCUCUUUCUGUGCAAACUCAUGCCAUUCUUACAGAAAGCUUCCGUCGGAAUAACAGUCCUGAAUCUGUGUGCUCUCAGUGUGGACAGGUAUCGUGCUGUGGCGUCCUGGAGUCGUGUGCAGGGUGUGGGUAUCCCAGCAUCCACUGCGGUGGAGAUUGUGUGCAUCUGGGGGGUUGCUGUGGUUCUGGCUGUUCCUGAGGCCGUCGGCUUUAAAAUGGUCAGUUUCGAGUACAACAACGUCACCAUACGAACCUGCAUGCUGAAACCAGAGACUCCGUUCAUGACCUUGUACAGGGAUGUGAAGGUCUGGUGGUUGUUUGGUUUUUAUUUCUGUGUUCCUCUGGUGUGUACGGCCGUCUUCUACACACUCAUGACCUGUGAGAUGCUCAGCAACAGAAUGGGUGAUCUGAAGUUCUCUCUGAAUGAGCACAUCAAACAGAGGCGUGAGGUGGCCAAAGCCGUGUUCUCUCUGGUCCUCAUCUUUGCUCUCUGCUGGUUUCCGCUUCAUCUGAGUCGCAUCCUGAAGAAAAUGGUUUAUUUUCAAUAUGAUGUCGGCCGCUGUGACCUACUAAAUUUUCUGUUAGUGUUUGAUUAUUUGAGCAUAAAUCUGGCAACCAUCAACUCCUGCAUCAAUCCCAUAAUCCUCUACUUUGUCAGCAAGAAGUUCAAGAACUGUUUCCGGUCAUGUUUGUGUUGUUGCUGUUAUCCGGGCUCAUUGUUAAGUUCUGUCGCGCCUCUGAACGUAACCAGUUUCCAGUACAAGAACCCUGAUCAACACGGCUUAUCAGACCGGACCGCACUACGCAAGGACAGCUACAACUAA